CAGACAUCACGGCUUACGUCAUAAACGCGCGCUCCGCUGAGGUGGCUUUAGAGAGGUGCUUUUCUGCGGCUGCUCACCUGAAAUCCCCGCGGCAGCUCUCGCCAUGACAAAACUUCUGGAGUGGCUGUUCGGUGGGUCCGUGGUGGGAGCAGUCUGGGCUUUGGUCUCCUUCGACCUGUUGGACCUGAGCCUGCCUCAGACUUACAGAGAGGUGGCCUGGCCGAUGCCUCUAUACCUGCUGGUUUCAUUCGGCUGCUACUCGCUGGCCACGGUGGGCUACAGGGUGGCCACCUUCAAUGACUGCGAUGAGGCGGCCAAGGAACUGCUGGAGCAGAUCCAAGAGGCCAAAGUGGACUUAAAGAAAAGGGGCCUAAAGAUGUAGAAGAAAGUGAGAAUGACUGUGUAGAAACCUUAGAGAGACUAAACGGGAUGCACGGACUGUUCAGAUUGUUUAGGAUGUCGGAUGAAACACUUUUCUCCGAACCGUCACCCUUUUUUUCUUUUGUUUCCAGCAGACAUGCUCGAACAUCAAUCACAGUCACCCAUUAUGCAGCUAUUCUUCUUAUUCAGUCACCUCUUGCAGAUUGGAUAUUGAUCAAAUGGGCUUCAGGAAAUUAGAAAUUAUCAGCCUGAUGGAUGUUGUCUGGGUUUCUUGUAAGUGACAGCACAUCAGUGUGCACCAUGGAGCCACAUGUUUAAUAUUCCUACCAUUAAAAGACCUCUUUCAUGAAGUGAAACAUUAAACUACACCAGCUGGUUUGAAGAUGUUUAGAGCUGUUGGUUUCACUGCAUGACACACCUGCAACCAGAUUCUUUAAAAAUGAUUAAAACUGUUACACAGUAGUGUAUUUUGUUGCUAAAUGCACACACUUAAUCCCCUCCGACUGUCACUGGUCAGAAAAAAGAUAAAAUCACUAAAUAUUGUCCAGGGAUUUGUGCUUGUUUGUUUGGACUUUAUUUAUUCUGUAAAGAAGUGUACAUUCCAUUGUCCAACUUUCAGACUUGUGCCCUGUAUGUAUCGCUGAAAGUUAAUUAAACUGCAUUCUAUUUUCUGCAGUU